AUGCGCAGCCUACUGGAAGGUAUAACCUCAACACUCCGGUCCGCGCAACAGCAUCAGACAGGCUGGGAUCCGCGUAAUGCCACGUCUACCGGGGUGCCUACCACUGCGCAGGAGGCGUUUAGCGGCGGCGUACCAGCGGUUGCUCAGCGUGAUUUAUCGCAUGUUGAGGGGCCGGUUUCAUCAAAGGGAGGCGCCCCGAUGGACUGCAUCACUGGGUACUCCCGCUUCUCCACGCAUUCGCCUCCCGAUUUUCCCUUUAGAAUGCUCAUGAUAACUCAGAAUGUUGGUGCCAUUGGGGACACUGCCGCUGGGGCAAAAGAAGGUGGUGAAGAGCACAGAAGGGAAUGUGAGAAACAGGCCGGUAAUGAUGAGCUCUCUUCGGAUGCUCAGAAGGAUGUAAGGGAGUUUCUUUCAGAGCUGCGGUUGCUGAUAUUCGAAUACAGCCGCCGCGAGUACACAGCGCACAUCAGAGUGAGCAACACAGGUGACGACGACCCUUCUCAUCCUUCGGCAGCCGAUAUUGGUGGCCAGGGACCACCCCCACUGAUUGAUGUGAUCGUAGUGCAUUUCCAAGAAAUCGGGGGUAAGAGUUUCCAUACAGAAUUUAACAACUACUUCGCUAACGCCCUGCAGGAGCUACUGCCGGAGGCUGGAUGGACCUCCGGAUUACUAAUGCGGGCGAAUGAUGAUGAGGACCAAUUCACCGCUGUGGGAAGCGUUGUGUACCUGUCUCACCGCAUGUGCCCUAUCAGUAGCAUUCUUUCCUUUCACCACCGUACCUUCGUUUGUGUGGGUGACGACCCUGUGACAUACGGGAGUUCGCCUACUAUUCUAUUUCACGGCGGGAAGUUUUCUGGUGCCGGUGAGUCUCGGAAAGGAUAUUUGCUCAUAUCACUUCGCCUCGGCACUGUUGUGGUGAACUUUUUGAACGUGCACCUCUACAACGACAAGAAAAGCAAGGAGGCAGCGGCAGCGAGUCCUAGCCCCUAUGCUUUGCAGCGUCAGGAGGCACUGCUCGAAACCUUGGCGGAGUGUGCGGCAUUCAUCUCCCCCGAUGACCCCCUGUUCAUUUUUGGCGACUUUAAUACGCGCCUCGACGUGCAUAAUAUGCUACAGUAUUUAAAAGAAGUGGAGAAUCUGGACGUUAAAGUUUCAGACGGUGACGUGCGGGCGCCGGACAGUUUCUGGGAGCUUUUUGAAAACCCACAGCAUAUGGGAGUAAUCCGACCUUACGAUGUUGAGGUGCAGCGCCUGCUGGACGUAGUGGCGCAGCAGAGUGGCAUGGAGCUAGCGGAAUUUGCGGUUCGGUUUCCCCCAACAUAUUUGUGUCAAUCCCCGAGGGAUUCGGAGGAAGCGACUUUCCAGAUUGAUACUCCUGUCCAUUUGGUUAAUGAUGGGGAGGAUAAACGAGAGAGUGGGACCAGUGACAGGAUAAGCGUGGUUCGCGUGUUGGAACGCCUUUCUUCCAUACCACACCAUCCAUACGGGCGGAGGCGUGUACCCGCGUGGUGUGACCGCGUCUUGUGGAACCCUCCCGCGUUGGAACUCAUGACAGGGCGCCGAACUUCACAAUCGGUGGCGGGAAGCAGUGCUACUGCCCACGGCGGAACUGGCGUGGGGGCGUUGCGCCGGUAUGUGUAUCGUUCUGUAGCCUUGCGUCACACCGACCACGCCGCUGUGACACUGUUUUUUUGA